CUCCCCCUAAUGACUGUAUCUGUGUUUACCUCAUCAGUUCUUUCCUCAUACCCACUCUCCUGCAGCCUUGUGGCAGAGAUUCUUUGUGCUCUGUUUCUCUUGCCUCCUUUCACUCUGUCCUUUAUUGCUUGUGUUCAGAGAACUGUAAAUGGCUCCAUUUUGUGUAGCAUGUAGGGGGAUGGUUGGAGAUGAGGGUGGGAAGGUGGUUCGAUGCCACAGCUCAGAGGACUUGAGAAGUUAGGGAGAUGCAUGAUUAAGCAGGUUUCUGUAUGGGUUAUGAGGUCAUAGUGUUAAUCUGAAUAUAUUGUGUGGCCUGGAUUAAAACGGAGAGAAGAGGUGGCAGGGAGUCAGCAUAGUGAAGGAGGCCCAAUUUGGGGAGGUGAUGGAGGACGAGGAGAAGGCAGUGGACACCUUGGUGAGCAACAUGGGAGCUGCUCAUUCUCCAUCCCCCAUCCGCUGCUGCUGGCUCCGCCUCCGCUACUUGGCAGCUACUAGCAUUAUCUGUGGCUGCUCUUGCCUGGGAGUCGUGGCCCUUGUGUUUGCCAUCAAGGCGGAAGAGCGGCAUAAGGCAGGCCGGUUCGAGGAGGCAGUGCACUGGGGGGCCCGGGCCCGGAACUUCAUCCUGGCCAGCUUUGCCGUCUGGCUUGCUGUCCUCAUUCUGGGCCCCCUGCUUCUGUGGCUGCUCUCCUACGCCAUCGCCCAGGCUGAGUGACCCUGGGUGGCCUCUGCUGAGAGUCAGCGAGACCUCCUGGAUCCUGCAGUGCGGCAUUGCUAGGGUCUGAGGCCGGCAGUGGUCCUUCCUGGCUGGAAGGAUGGUGCCUCUCUCAAAGGUCUUUGGAAGAGCUCUUCUAGACCUUUCUAAAAGGAGGCAGCAGCUGAAACUGUUGAGGGGAGGCCAGCCUGCUCUGUUCUUUCAGUGCCCACCAUCCCCUAUUUCCCCCAGCCUACUACAUCCUAGGGGCCUCAACCCAGAGGUGGGGUUGAAGACCAGGCCUGAUUUUAUUAGAAUUUGUUUUGUAAUAAAAAUCUUUUUUAGUGGUGAAA